GCUAGUAGUAUAAAUUAGGCUCGAUCGACGGCUUGUUAAUGCAUUAAGAAAACUAAAUUGCAGUCCAUGGGCAUGGGCACCUCUUUGUUAAUUUCUUUUAAACUUGUGCUUUUAAUUUCAAACAUCUUGUCCUCACGGGCAUUCGAUUUGAGCAGUGAUGAAGAUGCUCUACUCGCUUUCAAAAAUGCCAUCACUGUAGACACAAACGGUGUGUUGAGCAAGAGCUGGGUGAGCAACAGUAGUAGUUCCGUGUGUGAGUGGGCGGGCGUGUCGUGCGGCGCCAAACACCGGAGGGUCACAGCCCUCAAUCUCUCUGGGCUGGCGCUCUGGGGAAACCUCGCUCCGCAUCUCGGAAACCUAACGUUUCUCCGCUCCUUGGACGUCAGCUCCAACAAUUUCUCGGGCAGCUUACCCACUCAGCUCUCUAAACUGCGGCGUUUGAAGGGAAUAAACGCGGCGUUUAACAACCUCAGUGGAGAGAUACCGACAGCUAUCUUUACAAACAUGUCUGCAUUGGAAGAGAUUGAUCUCAGAUCUAACAAGCUAUCAGGCCAGCUCCCAAGUGAUAUAUGCAGUAUUGAUUCUCCCAAACUGAAGAGAUUGUUUCUCAGAGAGAAUCAAAUUCAUGGGAAUAUUCCGACCAGAGUCUACCAAUGCACAGAGCUGGAGGAGCUGAGCUUGUCGAUCAACCAGUUCAGUGGCGGCAUACCAACUCAAAUUGGGAAUUUGAGCAUGCUUACGCUUUUAUCUCUAUAUCAAAACCAUCUCCAAGGAAAUAUUCCGCCUUCUAUCUUCAACAUUUCCUCGUUGGAAUCCAUGUACCUCUUCAGCAACAAUCUCUCUGGAAGCAUCCCCACGAAUUUGGACACUUUACCCAACCUCCAAGAGUUGCAUCUAUACAGCAACAACUUAGCAGGUUACAUACCAAAGCAAAUCGGAAACCUCACUUCACUAGUAAAGCUGGAUCUUGCUUCCAAUAAGUUGACGGGUGAAUUGCCGGAAGAGCUUGGUAAUCUAGCAGGCCUCGAGUCCUUAACGGCGUCGUUCAACGAUUUCUUGUUUGGUUCCAUCCCUUCUUCCAUAUUCAAUUUAUCAAGUUUGAUGGAACUCUCUCUUCAGCAGAAUCAGUUUUCCGGUAGCCUUCCUUCAAACAUGGGGCUCUCACUUGUGAAUCUUUCUUUAUUUUUUAACAAACUCACCGGCAAAAUUCCAACCUCCAUCACCAACGCUUCUCAGCUUAUUAUGUUGGAAUUGAACAGAAACUCAUUCACUGGCUCCAUCCCCGACUUGGGUAAUCUAAGACAUCUGCGAUACCUUCGCCUCUGGGAAAAUAAUUUGACAGCAACUGAAUCUCCCAAUCAACAACUCACAUUUUUCUCUUCAUUGACUAACUGUCGCGAUUUGGAGAUAUUGGAAAUAUCAAACAAUUCAGUGAUGAAUGGUAUCCUCCCAUCUUCCGUUGGGAAUUUAUCUACUUCUCUUGUCACUUUUUCAGCAUCUAACUGCGACAUUAGAGGGGUUAUUCCUUCUGAAAUUGGAAACUUAAGCAGUUUGCAAAGUUUGGAUUUAUCUGGGAAUCAAUUCACAGGAUCAAUCCCGACCACAAUUGGAAAACUUAAGCAACUUGGAACAUUAUAUCUUUAUGGUAACCAGCUGCAAGGAUAUAUUCCUCAUCAUCUUUGCAGAAUCAGUAAUUUGGUAGACUUAUAUUUGAGUGGUAAUAUGCUCACAAGUUCAAUACCUGAAUGUUUUGGUGGACUUAAAUCCCUUCAAACACUCUCUUUUGCCUCAAACAAGCUGAAUUCCACACUUCCUUUCAACUUCUUCAAUCUUCCAGGGCUCAUAGUUCUCGACUUGUCAUCAAACUAUCUGAGCGGUCAACUUCCUGAUCAAAUCGGAAGCUUGACGGGUAUCAACUACCUAGACUUGUCUUCUAACAAGUUCUCAGCAAACGUUCCAAACACGAUUGAUGGUUGUGAAUCACUCGAGUUCUUGUUUUUGUCAAAUAAUAUGUUGAAUGGAUCCAUCCCUGAAUCUUUGGGGAAGGUCAGAGGCUUGAGGAAUCUGGAUCUAUCCAAUAAUAAUCUCUCUGGCGUGAUACCCGAAUCUCUGAAAAAUCUGGGUCUCGAAUCUUUCAAUGUUUCUUACAACAAAUUGCAAGGAAAGAUUCCAGAUGGGGGUUGCUUCGCCAACUUUAGUUUUGAAUCUUUUGUUCAGAACUCUGGUCUAUGCGGCGCUGCAAGAUUUCAAGUGCCACCUUGUCCGAGAAAUCGUGGAAGAUCAAGAUCGGAAACAGUUGCUCUGAUAAUGAAAUAUGUUGUGCCACCCUUCAUUGCAGCUGUGAUUUUAGUGCUCAUCCUAGUUUUCCUGCUAAAGAGACGCAGACAAAAAAAUACUCCAGCUUCUGCUGAUGUUUCAUCUGUGGGAGUGUCGUGGAAGAUUGUCUCAGAGAGAGAACUCACGCAGGGGACGAGCUCGUUUAGUGAGAUAAACCUACUGGGAAGAGGGAGCUUCGGCUCAGUGUUCAAAGCAAUGCUUAGUAAUGAAACAGAUGUGGUAGCAGUCAAAGUGUUCAACUUGGAACUGGAAGGAGCGCUCAAGAGCUUUGACACGGAGAGCCGGAUACUGAGCACCAUUCGACACAGGAACUUGAUCAAGAUACUCGGCUGUUGCAGCAACGAGCACUUCAAGGCCUUGAUUCUUGCUUACAUGCCUAAUGGGAGUCUGGACAAAUGGCUGCAUUCUGAUGUGUAUGUUUUGGAUCUGAUGCAGAGGUUGGGCAUUGCCAUAGACGUCGCGUUGGCCUUGGAAUAUCUUCACCACAAUCACACGUUUACCAUUGUGCAUUGUGAUAUAAAGCCCAACAAUGUGCUGCUUGAUGAAGAUAUGACUGCUCAUGUUGGCGAUUUUGGCAUUUCUAAGCUUUUUGAGGAUAGGGAAGCUGUCGCUCAUACUAUAACCAUGGCAACUAUCGGCUAUGCAGCACCAGAGUACGGAUCAGAAGGAAAAGUAUCCACACAAGGGGAUGUAUAUAGCUAUGGGAUAUUGUUGUUAGAGAUUUUUACGAGUAAAAAGCCAACAGAUGAUAUGUUCAGCGCAGAAAUGGGCAUAAAGGAGUGGGUGGGGAAAGCAUUACAAGAAAAUAGGAUGAGUGGAGUUGUGGCGCCUGGUUUGCUAUCAAGACAAGAUCCACAUUUCUCUGCAAUGGAGCAAUGUGUGUCGUCUGUUUUUGAUUUGGUGAUGAAAUGUUUGGCCUUUUCACCCGAUGAGAGAAUCAACAUGAUGCAAGUAGCAGCUUCAUUGCACAAGUUCAAAGUUACACUAGAAGCAGCCAAGAAGAGGCAAAGCCGCAGAUCUUGAUUAAGGAUAAUACUUAUAGCAAUACUUAGUAUAUAGAUUCGAAUUUUCCAGUUCUCUGCUGCCUUCUGAGAUAUAUAUAUUAUUAUGGG